GUUAUCGUAUAUCACUUUUAUUUGACAGGGUAGUCAUGUGGUUAAAGCAAAAACCCGGAUUCGAUCUCAGCUCUCACCUGAGUAAACCAACGUGAUCAACAGCAUCACAUGUCACAUGAGCUUGAUUUGUACUCCGAACAGUUUCGAAACCAUCUUUGGUGUAAAUAUCAGACGUGAAUGUAGACAGGACAAAAUGAUCAGAGUUGUAAUUGUAAUGUAAUAAUAAUAAAAUGUUGGCACGCAAUGGAUAUAAUGGAGAAGGUUGAAAUUAAUUUCAAACAUGGGCACAUCAAAUCAACAUUGCAGAGUAGCCUACUGUUUAUAAAACACAUUUCUACAUACUCCUCUUCCAAGACCAAAAGUUGAACAAAAAUAGACGCAGGGCGGGGAAUUAAAUUCGCUAACACUAACAGUCCACUCCAUAUUUUGUGAGACACGACGGACGCUGGUUUACUGCAGAGGAUUUGAGAGGAGAAAAAAACCGAGCGUGAGAAAACAUUUACCGAAAUUACUCGACGAAUUACUGUGCCAUAACCUUGCAACGAAACAAUUCCAACAGUCCAAGUUGCUAUCCCGACGACACAGACUCAAUUUAGCAGUGCGAGUAGCGCGAGUGAACCCGUGAGAACGAAGGCUUCGAGAGCGACAUAAACCCCAGCCAGCGGCAGCGGUCUCCAUUUUAACUUCGAGUCCGAUCUAUGCCUCACGUGUCUUGGACUGUCUCUCUCACAUGACCCGAGUGUUUGUUCCCGUGAUCAGCACUUCCAUCUACGCGUCCGUGUCACUGAAUAUCACAUUUUAUUCCAACCCUGAUGGAUAUGCACCUCGAACAGAGUCUGGACACCGCGACAAGUCACGACAAACAAGAGGAGGAGGUCGUCCAAUUAGAAGGAGACGGGGAAGGGGAGCAGACUGCUGUUACCAUAGGCAGUAUUCAGCAGGCCCAGGCAUUCGCGGACCACAACAUUCAGUACCAGUUCCGCUCUGAGGGUGGUCAGGUGACUUACCGUGUUGUCCAGGUAACUGACCAGCAGCUGGAGGGGAGAGAUGACGGGGGAGGGCCGGUUAGCGUGGUCUCCACGGCCGCCUUCCCCGGCGCUCCUCAAGCAGUGGCCCAGGCUGUGAUCCAGAACCCUUUCAGUAAUGGGGGGAGCCCCGUGGGAGAGACGCUGGGAGGGGAGACGCGCUUCGCCUACUUCCCAGCUACGGCUGUGAGCGACGGCACUGUGUCUGUGCAGACCACCUCCGACCCCACACAGGCUGGGGGUCAGUUCUACGUGAUGAUGACCCCUCCUGACGUCUUGCAGACAGGCACACAGCGAACCAUAGCCCCGCGCACACACCCCUACCCUGAAGACGAAACCGAGAUGCUGCAACAUGACGGUUUAAACUGGAAAAUGGAUGGCCCACGGACACCCAGAGAUGAAAGGAGGAGAGCUCAACACAAUGAAGUUGAGAGGCGGCGGAGAGACAAGAUCAACAAUUGGAUUGUCACGCUCUCCAAAAUCAUCCCCGACUGCAACAUAGACAGCACCAAGACGGGGGCUGUAAGUCACUCUAGUAAAGGGGGCAUCCUGUCUAAGGCGUGUGACUACAUCCGAGAGCUCCGUCAGAAUAACCAGAGGCUCCUGGACGGUGUCAAAGAGGUGGAGAGAGUACAGGUGGACAACGAGCUCUGCAGACAGCAGAUCGAGGAGCUGAAGAAUGAGAAUGCCCUUCUCCGAGCGCAACUCCAGCAGCACGGCAUCGAGAGCGUGGGCGAGACGCCGCCACAAUGAACGAGGGAGACUGGGAGAGCAGGACGGGUAGAAGGAAGAGGAGGACGAGGCAGACUGGAGACGACACGUAGGAACAAAACAAAAUGAACGAGCUACUGACAAAUCACUGUUUUUCAGUCGCAGACAGUUAGUCUUCCAUGGCCUUGUCUUUAAGGCUGCAUCCGAGACUCUUGGCAGGCUCCUGCUGCUUUGUUGGCUGCACUUGACUGAUCCAGGAUCAGUCGAAAUGACAAAAGAAGCUACCAUGUAGACAACAGACGUGUCUCAGAGAGAGAACCGGUCGCAACCAGCAGAGAAACCCUCUACUAGCCCAGCUCCUCCCUCCCAUUGACAUUGGAUAUUUUGUUAUUGAGUUGUUUUCCCAUUCUCUUCAGUCAUAUUUUAUUUUAGUCUGUAUUUGUGGUUGAGGUUCAUAUUACCAUUUUUUGUUACGUUAGUGGUUUUAAAUUAUUAGUUUGUGUAUUGUUAAAAAUCUGCCCAGAAAGACUCAUUUAGGAGAUCCGAUGUAUCCUAGAGGAAUAGAUGAUGUAUGGGUGAGAGUGUGGUAGGUUACCAGUCAGUAGAACAGAAACACGAUACAAAUAAACCGCUGCAUUGCAGAUCUAUGUGAAAGAAUGGCUUGAUAGUUGGCAAUAUUAUUAGGUGUUUUCAAAGGUGACACCGAUAUACAGUGAGCUCAAAGUAUUGGGAUGUGACACAUUUUUUUGUUUUGGCUCUGUCCUCCAGCACUUUGAGAUGAUACAAUGACUGAGGUUAAAGUGCAGACUGUCAGCUUUAGUUUUGUUGUAUUUUAAUCCAUAUCGGGUGAACCGUUUUAGAAAUGACAGUACUUCUUGUACAUUCCCCCCCAUUUUUUAAGAGACCAAAAGUAUUUGGAUGUAUUCAUGUGUAUUAAAGUAGUCCAAAGUUGAGAAUUUGGUCCCAUAUUCCUAGCACGCAAUGAUUACAGAAAGCUUGUGACUCUACAAACUUUUCUGUGAACGUCAUUUUCUGUUUGUUUUAGAUUGAUUUCUAUUGGCCACAAAAUAAUCUGAAACGAUGGUAAAUAAUACAUUGUCAUUUUGGAGACACUUUUAUUGUAAAUUAGUUUCUAAACACGUCUACAUUAAUAUGGAUGCUACCGUGAUUACUAAUAGUCCUGAAUGAAUCGUGAAUCAUGAUGAGUGAAAGUUCGACAGAUAUCAUGCCUCCAAGACAUGCUAACCUCUCACCAUUACAAUAAUGGGAGGAUAGCAUUGUUGGGGGGGGGGUUAAGAUAUUUAUGCCUCUAACUUUCUCACUCGUCAUUAUUCACGAUUCAUUCAGGUCUAUCUGUAAUCAUCAAACACAACCAAACAAACAGCAAAUGCAGCCAACUAGUUUGAAUAGUCACAAGCUUGAUGUAAUCAUUGCGUGCUAGGACUAUGGGACCAAAUACUAAACCUUUUGAGUACUUUAAUACACAUAAAUGAAUUCGUCACAGGGGGGGACUUACUAUGUACAAAAAGUGCUGACUAUGUACAAAAUGUGCUUUCUAAACAGCACCCGAUAUGUAUGAAAAUACCCUCAAAUUUAAAGCUGACAGUCUAUACUUUAACCUCAGUCAUUUUCUCAUUCCAAAUCCAAAGUCCUGGAGUACAGAGCCAAAACAACAUGAAAUGUGUUACUGUCCCAAUACUUUGAGCUCACUAUCUCAAGGAUGCAAUUUUGGGGUACCCGGAGGAAUAGCUGUGCUUUGCCCAAUAUCACAGUUUACAGUGCCUGCAUUAACAGACCUGUUUUUAAAAUAGCAUCCAUGCAACAUUAUAUAAAUGUUUCAUGUUGAAGUAAAGCCAAUGGCCACUGGCGGAAGUGGGAAAUUUAAGUGGUAAUCAAUAAUUAAUUUACUGUACUCUGGCCCUUUUCUACAAUUAUGCAAUUUAAUACACAAUCUUUAAGGCUGGUUUGAGACUGUGGCCGGGUUAGAUUUGAUAGACCACUGAUACGGCCUCUGAAAGGUUGAGCUCUUAAAAUGUCACCUGACAUAUGAAGUGAGUGCAAAUGUAAAUUAUUCUGGGUGGAACAUCACAGGUUGUAUCCGAAAUGGCACCCUAUUAUGUCGUGCACUACUUUUGACCAACAGUAGUGAUUUAUGUAGGGGAUAGGGUGCCAUUUCAGACACUACUGAGUUUUUAAUUUCAACAUUGUGUCACGUUAAACUCACUCUUGAGAAAGCGGAUUGAGUUCACUGCUAAGCUAAAUUUAGCGGCUACAGAAGUCUGGAUGUUUUUUGCGAAUGUGCGUAUGAUGUGUCUUUGUGUGUAAGAAUAACCACAAGUAUCAUGUUUUGGCUUUUAUUUUUGUAACCAACACAUCAAAUGGAGCUUAAUGCACCCAAGGAAAAAUACUCUCUGGAGAGAAUAAAUGAACCAACUCACUGCUCAAGAUAGAAACCAAGAACAGAGAAUCUUCCCGUCCUUGCACUUCGUAUCUGCUCUGAAUUUCCUCUCCUUGCAAACAGUAAUGGUUGCUAAUAAAGACUUGGGAAAACAUUUCAUCUCAGACACUCUUUCACUCAUCUAGGACAAUAACCAAGUUGAAAUGCAUUGAAAGUGCAAACAGGCAAGUUGAUGAUGAUGAUGAUGAUGAUAAUACCAAUGUUAUUGAUGACUGGAUUUGCGUCAUGCAUUUUGUUCUGAAAUUGGGGAAUGGGAAUAGGUACAUAUGUGUUUUAGUCCCUAAUCAGGGAGUUUUAGACAUGUAGUCUGCCUCCGGCAUCAGCAAAGCAGCACUAAUACUCAACCCUGCGAAACGUCAUGUGUACUCCUAUGAUUCCACCUCGACAAGCUCUCCUACUCUAUGGCCUUGUGCUUUGUAAGUGCAAAAUAAAAUUGUUACCCUGUUUUGCUCGAUACUGUCUCUCAGAACUGUUGCUCUUCAGCUGAAUAAAGCCGAAGUAGAUUGAUAAUGUUUAUUUUGCAGUCAAAUUCUUCACGUUUAGUGGGAAGUGAGCACUGUCAAUUAUGGUGAAAAUAACUAAUAUGUUAGCGAAAGGAAAUUGUUGGCUAUAGUUUGUUUUUUUGUUUGUUUGCUGUAGUUAAUUUUGUUUGUCCCCUUUAGCAGACGUGCUAUUCUCAGGUUAGAUUAUAAGACUUUUCUAAGUAAAAUUGCAGAAAAAUAAAUAAUUGACUUGCAAAUAACCUUGU